UGCGUGUGAGCGCUGUAAGGAACCGGCAAAAUAUUGCAUGCGCCUCUCCUAACUUCGAUAGGUCGUAAGCACAAAGUUCGGUGUGUUCCCUCAGACACAGCGUCUGUAUGCCAAAGGUAUGUUUUUCCGGUACUUUUCCGCGCCCUCGGCAUAACACGUGCUUCAGAUGUCAGAAAGCGCGCGUCGAGUGCAUCGAGCAUGUUGCACGUAGAAGGCCAGCAAAACCCAGGAUAGAUGGACAGACGCCCAACAAAAUGCGCGACUUCGACAAGAAGCUGGACAAAAUAUCUGCCAUCGUGGCGACAAUGGCACCGGUCUCAGUUCUACAGCCCGCAUUGCCGUCGGUAACCACCGUGCCCUCUCAAUUUCCCGAGACAGCCCAGCGAACAUCACCGCCUGCGCCCGCACCGGUGAAGACGUCGCCUCCUGCUUCGAAUGCGCCAGUCCUUCCUAUCCCCGUUUCCAAUGCGGACGAUUCUCUCUCCUUUUGGGGAUCGAUCAACGACACAUUGUCGUGCCUCGGCAGACUUGAUCCCGUUAUCCGGUCGAUUAGUUUCGUCCACAUGCAAAUGUUGGUGGACGCCUAUCGGACCAUGGCCGACUACUUUCCAUUCGUGACUCUGCCAAAGGAGUGCUCCUGCCGCGAUCUGCUUCAGCAACGGCCAAUGUUGAUGUUCGCUGUUUUGACAGUAGCGUCCUACGAUUCGGUGCUCCUGCAGUUGACUUUGAGCCGCGAGUUCCGUAAAGUAGUGACAGUCAAAGUCAUGAGCGGAGAGAAGAGCUUGGAUCUGCUGCAAGGACUUCUUGUCUUCAUAGCUUGGCAUCACCACUAUAUGGAUGCUCAGGCUGUCUCGAUACCCAUGCUUUUACAGAUCUGCGCUGGCAUCGCAGGUGACCUGGUCUUAGACAACCUCUCGACAUCAAUGAGGAGUCCGUUACACAGAGAUGACCCCAGAGAUAGGGAGGCAAAACGAGCAUAUCUUGGUUGCUAUUACCUGGCAUCCAAUAUCGGUCUUACUGAGCCUGGUAAAGCUCGCAGCAUUUCGUACUCGAGCAUACUCCGAACGUAUGCAUCAGAACUUGCAUUAUCUUGGGAGCACAAGUCGGACGCAAUUCUGCCCAUCCUUGUUGAUAUCUGCCAAUUCACAGAAGACGUACAGGAGACAUUCAUGAGCCAGACUGAGCAGGCUCUGAUCGUUCGCACGCAGGUCAAACGUCUAAGUGCGAAGUGGGAUAGCAUAUGUUUGGCUUCAAAGCUGCAAGCCAGCGAUUUCAAAACAUUGCAGUGGAUACAGCUUGCCGCACACACCUACCUGUACAAGACAGCGGCAUCAAUCGAAUUGACUGAUCGCGACAGCACGCCAUGGGCUUCAGGCUUUCAGCUCUCAUUGCGCGUGACCUGCCUUCGUUCGAUUGAGCAGUUCCUGGAUAACAGCACAAAGCUUCAGUCCAGCCAGUACGAGUUCUUGUGUCUGGUCGACUGGCUCAACCUGGUCUCUACCAUAACAAGUCUAAGCAAACUCGCACUGCACUCCUCGCCGAUGCCUGGAUGGGACACCACAGAGCUACAAGUAGCAAAGUCAUUCGAGUACUUCCGCGAUCAGCUUGCCUCGCAAAUGCCACGUCCACGCGAUCCGCAAGAGAGCAAUGAAGAUAUCUUCGAGCGCUUUCGUCGCAUCACGGCUGUCAUAAAGAUGGCCCUAACAAGCUCGUCUGGCAGGACUAGUCCUGGUGGAAGCACCUUCCAGCUUGCGACUGGAUCUGGCCGCACCGUUUCGUUGUUGCAGGACCUCCCCUUGCCGAAGAUGAAUGGUAUCAACGGCGACGAUAGAUCGCAUGCCCCUUGGAAGCUCAAGCCAACCUUCGACCUCAAUAGCCAUCAGUUUCCAUGGCGGUUCCUGUCGGGCACAGUAUGAAGAAGGACUGCUGUAGUACUCAAUACACUUAAGAUAA